AUGGAUAAUUCAAAUAAACCCAUAACAUUCAUACCAAUAAUAUCAUUGCUAAGAAUAUUUUAUCUACCAGUUUCAUAUGUUGUUAUUUUAUUAUUGGAUUAUUCUAAAAACAUUAAAGCAGUUGAAAAAUUUAAUGAUUUUUUAGAUCACUUUAAAACACUUGGAUUCGCUGCAGUAAGUUUAUUCAUCAUAUUAGGAUAUUUUUUAUCAAAUAGACUAUCAUAUAUUUUUAGUUCAGUUUUUCUUGGAUUAUUUCUUGCGGAAAUAAUGACUUUUAUUAAAACUUGUGUAAAAAGUUUUUAA